GGUGCUACUAUGGUGGUCAGCUCGGUGAUUGUGAUAGAAUUCCUGGGUCCAGACUAUCGAGACGCCUGCACGUGCUCCUGUUUCUGGACCAUAGGGGCCAUCGUGCUGUCCAUGGAGACACUAGUGACGCUACACUGGCGAUGGCUCGCCAUUCUAUCCGGUGGAAUUUGCCUUCCUUUAAUCGGUACCUAUUUGUAAGUGAGGAUCAUCUCGCACUUGACCUGAAUAAUCUCUUUCAUAGCUUCAAGUUUAACUCAUUUUUGACAGCAGCGAAAUAUCAUUUAGUUUUCAAUUAUUCUUUGCGACUAGAAUAGCUUUUACUUGAUAAAAUCAUCUUAUUCACAUAAACAACAAAUGAUAGAUACAUACACAACAUUUGACAUAUCAAGUUGACCCAUUUUCUACACACAAAAACAACACACAUCCAUUGUUAUUCAAGCCUCUGUUUUGAUUCCAACUGCUUAAAAUGAAUGCAUGUAGCACUUGCUUUUUUUCGAUGUAUUCUUCAGUAACCAGCGUGGAAUCGAUUCCAUCAAAUAAGCUAACAAUCGAUACUUUAAAUUCAUUCAUUUUGAGCGUCAUUUCUACACCUCAGCCCCCCUCCCCCAUUGUUUGCAUGCGUUAAAAAAGUCAUUAGUGAUUGAUCGCUUUGAUUCAACGUAAAACACACCAGACGCCCCCACACGGCGCCCUAAAAGGAAAUCCGUCUCACCCCAUUCCAUUGAUCUUUUCUUCCCCCCAGCACUUCCAUGGAGUCCGUCAGAUGGCUCCAGUGUCAGCAUCGGUUUACGGAAGCGGAAGCUGGUUUCCGCGAGGUCGUGUCAGUCAACUCGUCGGCCGUGCCGGACAUCAUGUCUCUGCUGGACGAGUCGCGCGCUUGCAUCGUUCACAACAUGCAUCAGAAGAAGUUCACCUUCCUCGAUCUUUUUCACUCCCUGGACUCUGCCAAGUGGACCGCCGCUUUGAUAUACACGUGGUGAGCUUUUGGGAUAAGGCUCUGAUUAGAUCAUUGCAAUCGUUCUGUUUGAUGCGGAGAGAAAAACAAACAAACCAACAACACUUGUUCUAAAGAAGCUUGUUACUGACAUCACAGAAUUAGUUAUGAAAUAAGUAAAGGGCAUUCGUUUUUGGGCGACGUUCAAAUUUUUGUAAAAUAGAGCAACUUGCCCGUGAUUUCCGCCUCAUUUGAAUAAGUUUGGGUUGGUUCCAAAGCCAUGUUUGCUGUUUCUAAACUUGAAUCCAGUACGUUAAGGAGGGUUAAUUAAAACAAACCCAAUAAUAUAGUUUAAAAAAAAAUAAAAUGUAUACUUCAACUCUGAAUAAUUUCUUUCCUCUCAGUACACUGGUUACGUCAUACGAUCCUUGUUUACUUAGCCAAACCAUGACAACCACAAAUGACAUGAAAGCGGAAAUGAUAUUCAACAACUCAUUAUGCUUUUUUUUUCUCUCGGAUAAUAUUUGUGUUCCCUUCGUAAAAUUAUCCCACAAAGUUGCGUUACUAUGAUUUAAGAGACAUUAAAAUAGAGAAUGUUCAAAUCAGACGCAUUUACUAGAAGGUAGAAAAUUUUUGUGAAGGCACUCAAUGGAGUAUACAGGUACAAUAUUCUGAGGUUUUUUUUAGGUUUCGUAUUUUUUGUUGUUGUUGACAUUUUUUUCGAUAACUAAGCAAAAUGAUAUAUUUUUUAAAUAACGCAACGGCUUUUGGUGCGUAAUAUUUUCUUUUCUUUUUUGGAAAAUGCAAUCGUCUCAUUUUAAAUAUGGUGUCAUAAAUAUUCGUUUAAAAGGUUGUUGGGUCAUCAGAAUAUUAAUAUAGUUCAUGGGCGUGAAAGAAAAAAAUGUGCGGUGACGUAUCAUGGGCGGAAGGGGUGUGGCAAAAAUUGGGAUUCUUAAAUGUGCAUUACUUGAAUUCAUGUUUUGUCCACUAACUUCUGUAGAUGGGAAGUUCACGCAUUGUUGUCGUCAAUAUUUGGCGAGCUAUAACUAUUCUUAAACAUUAAUUGAAUGAAUAAAUUACGUUGCCAUUUUCCUCUGGCCCAAAUUAAAGGUAUCACUCUAUUAUCUUUGUACCCUUGGCUAAGACCAGAAGCUUCACCUUUCAUGAUGCGUCUCUCAGAAUAUAUUCUGAACCCAAUUAUGUUAAGCUGAUCUAGAAGAAGGGGGAAAAAAAUCAAUUUCCUUCAUUUCGUAACCUUCUCACAGAUACUCGAGGAACCAUUGCUCAUCUAACACAUUACAAUGGCAGUGUUCUAUCACGUUUUAAAUAUCCUGUCUCCUCGUGCGGUUACGAAACCGGCAAUUGAAUUGGAGCAUUGUGAGAAAUAGAAGAAACUCUGCUGUAUCACAAUUUAUCUUAAAGGAGUUUCUUACUGAAAGGAUUUCGGCUCCGCAGUGCAACUCCAUAGAUCACCGAGUGUGGGACGUGUCUCGGUCUCUGCGGUCUGGCUCGUUAACUAGACUAGUCAAUGGAGGAUAUCACCGGAAGUGACGGAUAUAUCGGCAGGAUGGCCAACAAAAUUGUAGGGUUGUUAAUGAUGUCUUGUUAUGAUCAUUUCUCCUCGAACCCCUUUCAUGUUUUUUUUUAAUAUUCCAUUCUCUCUCCCAACUAUAACCUUAGCUUCACUCCUACCCUCACUGCGCUCAAUUGAGAAUCUCGAAAUGUAAUCGUGGAGACCCAUUCGUUAAAUUUUGUAGUAUUUGAUUUGGACUUACAGCUUUAUGAUGAUAACAUGCCCGUUAAAUAAUUGUUCGGUGAUUAUUUGGGUCAAUCGUAAAGCUUGUAAAAAAAAAAAAUUAAGACAUCAAUUUCCUUUCUGACACCCAACUAAUGUCCGUACAUAUAAAUACAAUAUAAAUUACUGUUUACAAUACUAUUGAUAUUUAUAUUUUAUGCAUGUUUUCGUUUUGUAAUAACCUUCUCAGUAUGGUGUCGGCCUGUGUCUACUUCUGUCUACUGCUGAGGGUCAAGCAAAUCACAGGGCUCGUCCACUUUGAUGUCUUCCUUCCGUUUAUACUUGACCUGCCCUUAACGUGGUCAGUCAUUGUUGUCAACAGGUGGUAAGUGACUAGAGCAAAAACCAACCUUAAACUUGAACGCCUGUAGCGAGAAUGCAUGGGUGUGUAAGAGUGAGAACUGAGAUAGAAUGAAAUGAGAACAUGAGUUAGGAUGGGAUGAGAACAUGAGAUAGGAUGGAGUAAGAACAUGAGAUAUGAUGGGAUGAGAACAUGAGAUAGGAUGGAGUGAGAACAUGAGGUAGGAUGGAGUGAUAACAUGAAAUACGAUGGAGUGAGAACAUGAGAUAGGAUGGAGUGAGAACAAGAGAUUUGAUGGUAUGAGAACAAGAGAUAUGAUGGAGUGAGAACAUGAGUUAGGAUGGAAUGAGAACAUGAGAUAGGAUGGAUUGAGAACAUGAGAUAGGAUGGAGUGAGAACAUGAGUUAGGAUGGGAUGAGAACAAGAGAUAUGAUGGAGUGAGAACAUGAGUUAGGAUGGAAUGAGAACAUGAGAUAGGAUGGAUUGAGAACAUGAGAUAGGAUGGAAUGAGAACAUGAGAUAGGAUGGAUUGAGAACAUGAGAUAGGAUGGAGUGAGAACAUGAGUUAGGAUGGGAUGAGAACAAGAGAUAUGAUGGAGUGAGAUUAUGAGUUAGGAUAGAGUGAGAAUAUAAGAUAGGAUGGGUGAGAACAUGAGAUAGGAUAGAGUGAGAACAUGAGAUAGGAUGGAGUGAGAACAUGAGAUAGGAUGUUGUGAGAGCAUGAGAUUGGAUGGAGUGAGAGCAUGAGUUAGGAUGAAGUGAAAACAUGAGAUAAUAAGGAGUAAGAACAUGAGAUAGCAUGUAGUGAGAACAUGAGAUAGGAUCGAGUGAGAACAUGAGAUAGGAUGGAGUGAGAACAUGAGAUAAGAUUAAAUGAGAACAUGAGAUAAUAAGGAUUGAGAUUAUGAGUUAGGAUGAAGUGAGAACAUGAGAUAAUAAUGAGUGGAACGUGAGUUAUGAUAGAGUGAGAAUAUAAGAUAGGAUGGGAUGAGAAAAUGAGGUAGGAUGGGAUGAGAACAUGAGAUAGGAUGUAGUGAGAACAUGAGAUAGGAUGAAGUGAGCAUGAUCAUUAAGACCCAGAAUGAUUUAUAUAUUGAUCGUGGACCCUCAAAAUAAAGAAGUCAAAAUAAAGAAGAAGAAGAUAAAAUCUUGAUAAUUACCUUUCACACAUGCUCACACAAUCUAGUUUAAUAAUGCUAAUUUUCCUGUUUUCUGAGAAGCUAUUCAUUUGUUUCAGCCUGGGCAGACGCUGGUGUCUGUUCCUGUACUCAGUUGCGUCAGGCUUCGCCCUGCUCUCUGUCUUAAUCCUACACGUGACGGGCAACGUGGCACACAUGCCGUCUUUGGUGACUGGACUGGCCUUGUUUGGCAAGAUUGGGGUCACGGCGUCCUUGUCACUCAUCUUUCUGGUGGCCAUUGAGACAUUUCCAACGGUGACCAGGUCAGUUUAUUGCCUUGUGUCUUUCAGCGGGAUUCACUGGCAGUAUAAUUGUAUCGAUAAACUUUUAGAUGUACAUUAUAACAUGGAAAACAAAUUAAUAAUUAGGCUUAUCAGAGACGUGAUCGGAAAUUUAUUUUAAAAAUAUAAAUUUAGUUUUCUUAAAAAUAUGUUACACAACUAAGUGGUUUAAUUAAUUUCUUACUGCACACAUCUCCAAUUUCGACGUUCACUUAUUAUUUAAAAUUAAUGAAGGACUGCAUUCAAGCUGUGGGAUGGAAAUAGUAGAACAAGGUAUGUGGAACCUUGAAUCGACAGAGAGGAGAGUAUGACAACGUGUCGGCCUUUCUCAGCCGACGAGACCAUAUUUUCACAAGAAAUAGCAACCAGUUAAGAACUUUCGUGAUCGCCAUGGUUACUGCCUGAAGUUGGAUUUUUCAGAACCAAGAUUAGAGGCAUCAAAAACAUAAUUUAUCUAAUGUUACUAUGAAAAGGAAAAAAAUCGUUAUGGUAAAAAAUAUUUUGGAGGUAUAAAAAUUGUAAAAAAUAAGAAAGGAAGUCCUGGGGAAUUGGGGAUCAUGAAUCGGAGUGUUUUUUUUCUCUUUUUUUUUUUAUUAAUUUCGUAUAUUUUUUUUUAACUAUUAUAGAUUUUGAGUUAAUACAAGUCUUUCUCUUGAAUACAGGUGCAUGGGCCUAGCUGUUGCCAUAUCUGCUGCCUCGGGUGGUUCAAUGCUGUCCACGGCGUUAAUAUUCCUC